AUGAGUCAGAGACUUUGGGAUUUACCCAUUCACUUGUACAUAUUAACAGUUAAAAUUUUUUUAUUUGAUAAAUUUCGUAGUUUGACUUCGAAAUGCCAGAAACAGAAAAUGCAAAAACGGUUUUAA